AUGGAAGCCACAACGUGGAAUGACUCUACUCACCAGUGGGAGACGUCUCUCACAGUCCUCGGCAGGAAAGCUACCGAAUAUGGGGCGCCCUACACCGUCACAAGCGACUUUGCCAUAUCGGCAGUCGGCCAGCUGAACGUACCACGAUAUCCAAACAUCACCGGACUAGAUUCCUUACAGGACAGAAUGAUGUACUCGGCGCGGUGGGGUCCAAAUUAUGACUUGAAGGGCAAAAAGGUAGCCAUGAUUGGCAACGGCGCGACCGCAGCGCAGAUCCUACCAGAAAUCGUCGACAUUGCCCAGGGCGUCACCGUCUUCCAGCGAUCGCCAAACUGGAUCAUUCCAUGA